CGCCUUCGUCCGGCCCGGUCGCCUCCGCCGUCGGCCGCCUCCACGGACCGACCUUUCAAGAAUGGCUGAUUCAGAGUUUGAAGAAUUCCGGCAUUACUUUGAGAGACUGCCUCAACAUCUCAAGGCACCGAUAUCAAAUUACACACUGGUCCACGAUGUCAUGGUCGACGAUUCACCGACGUCCUCGCAGGGCAGCGACGGAGACGUCGGUCAGAAUGGUGCAGCCGUGGACUCGGAGGACGACGAGGUUGUCGCGCUUAUUCAUCGUCACGGAAACCACAGCGAGCAGAGCUCAGGAGACGACGACGAAGAGCUAGACCACCACUGUUCCAUCGUAGCUGACAGCGACUUUAGCUUGUUCGGUGGACUGAGCAGUAGGAGGCGAUCGGUUUCCGGGGCUGGAGGAGGACAAGGAAGAUCGGAAGGUGGAGGCUGCGGCAGGGAGAGUGUAAUCAGUGACGUAGGUGACUCCUGCUCGAGCCUCAGCUCCUGGCCCACUCCGGAACACGUGCCGUCAAAUCGUAGCGGAAGCGGGUGCACCGCAAGCGGCGAACGCAGGCGGAGACGACUUCCGGAGAUUCCAAAGACGAAAAAAUCCGUGUCGAUGUGCCAUUCGUCUCUUCACUCGUCUCCGUCGCUCGCCGACGAGCUGGGGGCGGCAACGUCAACGGCGGGACGGCCGCAUCUCGUUCUGAGGAAGUAUCAUCCGCGUCUCCGUCAUGAGGAUAGUUCCCCGGACAGCGAGAGAAUGACGACGGACAGUGGCCACUCCACCGCUCAUUCCCCAGACAACGGGCCCAAGAGUGUGUCUCCAAUUCCGUGCAGUACCGUACAGAAUACGAACUCAGUCUCGCCGAGCAGCACGCCAGGUAGCGGUGGAGUUCCUUUCACGCAGCUGGAACUACUGGAGGCGACUCAUCGCGGGCUGCACAAGUUUGUGCCGCGACAUCACGACGAAAUCGACUUAGAGAUCGGGGACCCGAUAUACGUGCAGAAGGAGGCUGACGAUCUUUGGUGCGAAGGUGUGAACCUGAGGACUGGCAGACAAGGUAUCUUCCCUUCGGCUUACGCGGUGGACAUGGACUACAGCGACUUCGAUCCUUCGGCUCCGAAGGUGAAACGGGAACGAUACCUACUGGGAUACCUCGGAUCGGUGGAGACUCUUGCUCACAAAGGAACGGGCGUCGUCUGCCAAGCCGUUCGCAGAAUCGUCGGUGCCCCGAGUCAGGAAUCGCCCGCGUCUCAGAGUUGCAUUCUAGAAGUGUCUGACCAGGGUUUGCGGAUGGUCGACCGGAGCAAACCGCAGAAAAAUCGAGGCCCUUGCCACGACUACUUCUACUCGCUGAAGAACGUCUCGUUUUGCGCUUUUCAUCCACGGGACCAUCGCUAUCUCGGAUUCAUAACGAAACAUCCAACGCUCCAGAGGUUCGCCUGUCACGUAUUUAUUGGCCAAGAGUCGACGCGACCUGUUGCCGAAGCAGUUGGGAGAGCCUUUCACCGGUUCUACACGAAAUUCAUCGAGACUGCUUUCCCCAUAGAGGACAUCUACAUAGAGUAAUGAAUUGCUGAAAUAUAAGUUGCUGUUGACGCUGACGAUCUCAUUCCCUUGUAAAUACCACCCCUUAGCUGAUUUAGCCUUAUAUGUACUAAGUCUAAAUCAAAUGCCCAAUAUAAACAAUUACGAUAAUAAAGAAUCAUUAUUCGCAUGGUAAAAAAACUGCGACGUGUUCAGCCUUUGCAGAAAAUAUUUCGCGCCGGUUCGCCUAAAUACAAGAAAAUACGUACGGUAACGUUAAUUUUUCUUUCUGUAGCGGCUGUACACCCUCAGCGAUUAAAUUAGUUUUUCGUGGUAUAUCGUUUUCGCACGACGAAAUGUAUUAUUCGAAGAGAUUGAAAACUUUGAGAAAAAUUGUUUUUAAUAUGUACUAAACUUCGCGCAUUUAUACAUAGAUAUAAUACAGUGACGAUUGGGCGUUCGAUUUUCACAAUUGGUGUACUGAUGGACUGUUGAGAACUCGCAAGGUGAGCCUUUCGAUCAAUUGCAAAUUCUUACCAGAGAUGAUAUUAAUUAUAAUAAUGAAAAAAAGCCUUAACAUGACCACGGACGUGUGAAGUACGCAAGUGAUGAGUUACACAUACUUCAAAUACCGAUCCUUUCUGUGUCUUUUCAAUGAGCUGCAAAAUUUUUAAAACACUGACUCUGAUUUCAUUCUAUCAAUUAAGAUAACGUAACCACUGUAUUACUAAUACUGUAUAACGUGUAUAAGACAGUGAAUAAUGUCAAUUUGGAAAUGAACUGAUGAGGGGAGGACACGCACCCGGGAUGGCUGGUUUCUUUGAAAUUUGAACCGGUCAAAUCAGAUCGAAUCUCGCUAGAUCCGUAUUUUUUUCCGAACAAUGCGCGGUAGUUGCAAAAAAAAUCAUGUGGAUCUAAUCUGAUCUAAUGACAAAAAAUCGUUCACUAGCUUUUUGACAGCUGUGAAUACUAGUUACAGUACCUACAUUCCAAAUGAAUUACUUUCUUCCGACAGAAGACUUGCAUUUCAUGAAAUGAAUAUUGUGAAAAAACAUGUUACAACAGCAAUCUUUGUCAAACUGAAUACAAGAAUGAAAUAAAGUAAAUACCCUGCAAUAAUCUUGGGGAAAUUGGGUUUUAGCGAAAUCGUCUGGAUUCUGGAUACGUUGUAGAUCUCCGUGAGCACGACCCUCUGCUAUGAAUAGUUUGGACGCUAAAAACCACCGUUGACGUCCCAUGGAGACUUUUUUUCAGACUGCCAAUAUCUACAACUUAUCAAAAAUCCAGACGAUUUCAAUCAAAAACCGAAUUACCAUAAGAUUAUUGCGGGGUUCUUUCUUUAUGUGACAACAACAAAUGUUACCUACGCUUUAUAAAAUCACUUGUAACUUCGUCCUGAUCCCAUUUUCAGCAACUUCCAAAAAUAUUCAGAUUCUCGUGCAUAAACUGCGAACUUUCAGAUAAACAUGGUAAAUUUCAAAUCAAAGUUGAUAACGAUAGAAUAACAACGAAUAUUUAUGGAAAAGAGCGUUCUAGAGGAUUUACCCUAAUUGUAAAACAGAUUUUACGGUUAGGAAAAUUAGUUUCUUCUCGAUUGAUAAUCCCUUGGGCCACACUUUUUCCCCGUGAUAAGAUACAAUAAGAAUGCGAGUAUAAAAAUUAAUUCGUUCAAAAUUGAAAGGUUAAUAAACGUAUUUCUGAUAACGAGUAAAAGCUAGCGGGCUGGUACCUACUUGCAGAAUUUUAGCAUAUCAGCUCAUACAAACAUUAAGAUAUCGAAAUUACAGGAAAGUUGAAAUUUCUCCCACGUAUCACUUACUAAUAAUUGGUGGAAUGGGCAAUUAUACGCAUAUAUUUAUGAAGGAGAACAGUAUAAAUUUUUAGACUGACGAAAAGGGAUGCCAUCUAAGUAAGUUUGGUAUACGUGAUUUUUCGGCAACCAGUGUCCAUUGGUCAGGAAAAAAGUGCGGGUCUAUAAAUGAAAUUCAGUUUUAUUUCACCAGUUCGAAUUUCAAUAAAAUUGGUCAUCCUGGGUGCGUGUCAUUUUCUUGUGAGUACGUUUAACUCAUAAUUAUCGAUAUUGUCACGCGAUUUAUUGCAGGGAAACGGGAAUGGAACAAAUCAAAUGGUUCUUUUACCGGCUUGUAUAAGAUUGAAAUUACAAGUAGAACAAAUGACAUAAUAAAUGGAUGAUAAAAUUUGA